UUAUUUUUGUUUGGUUCAUUAUCGCGUCGGUCGUUGCGCGCUGGGGUUUAUUAUUUAAAAUAGUGCACUUUCUUGUGCGUCUUCGCAGUACGCCAAACGUCGUAGAUUGUGUGACUGUCAUACGAAGAAAAAAUUGAAAAUCCUUAAAUAACUAAAGAAUAAUUUCUAAUUUAAUAGGACAACUGGUAUACAAAAGCUAAUUAACAAAGACACGCAAGUGCUUGCACACUGUGCUAUUAUGCAAAGUGCAGGCCAAACAACAACAACACUGCAGCUGGCCUAAGAAAAGAAAAACAAAUGCAAAAAGUGCCUUGGUAAAGCGAGAAAAGAACCCAAACCCUCAUUAAGCCAGCUGUGAUUGUGAUCUUUGUUUUCGGCUCUCCAUAAAGUGGGAGACAAAUGGGCGUCGGGAUGGGGGGCGGUGGCCUGCUGGAUAUUUACGCCAUGGCCUGGGAGCAUCUGAGACCCGGAAGUUCGCCCGUCGAUUGGUGCGAAGGCAAUUAUUUGAUUUCGUCCAACAUAGCCGAGUUUGUGAACACGUUUAGCAACUUUUUGUUUAUCCUCCUCCCGCCUGUGCUGAUAAUGCUGUUCAAGGAGUACGGACGCUUUGUAACCCCAGGAAUCCAUGUGAUAUGGGUACUACUCAUUGUGGUUGGUCUGAGUUCAAUGUAUUUCCACGCUACGCUCAGCCUAAUUGGCCAACUUCUCGAUGAACUGGCCAUUCUCUGGGUUUUCAUGGCUGCCUUUUCGCUAUUCUAUCCAAAGCGGUAUUAUCCCAAGUUCGUGAAAAACGAUCGUAAAACCUUCAGUUGGCUCAUGCUGAUGUCUGCGAUCGCCGCAACGGGCUUGUCGUGGUGGAAGCCCAUUGUUAAUGCCUUUGUUCUUAUGUUCAUGAGUAUACCGACCAUGAUAAUGCUCUACACGGAGCUACAGAGAGUACGAGACCAGAGGGUUUACCGCCUGGGUAUUCGAUCUACGACUGUCUGGGCUGUUGCCGUUUUCUGCUGGAUUAAUGAUCGGGUUUUCUGCGAGGCCUGGUCGGCAAUCAAUUUUCCGUACCUGCACGGCUUCUGGCACAUAUUCAUCUUCAUCGCAGCGUACACAGUGCUGGUGCUGUUCGCUUACUUCUACGUGGAAUCGGAACUGCCCCAGAGACAGCCCCUACUAAAGUACUGGCCGAAGAACGAGUUCGAAUUCGGGAUACCCUUCAUAUCGAUCAGGAAUCCAGAUUCGAAAGAUUGGCUCGUCUACUGCAGUUUGUACAUGCAGGACUACGACUGCAAAUACGGAAAGAACUAAUGCAAGAUUUCAGGUGACAAGGUUCCCUGAGUGGAGCCUCCUCCAAACAUACACAUACAUAUACAGCGUGAUAUAAAGUAGUUUUGCAGAUAAAGAAAUACCUAAAAUAACCUAGCCGUUAACUAGCUUGUCUGCAAAAAAGCAGAAACCAAAUUAUUGUUAACCACAAUGUAUAGCUGCCAUAUAGAGCGUUACUUUAGGAAUUAUAAUUUACUUGAUUUUAAUAAAUGUCAAAAAAUGUACUGCGUUAAGAAUAUGCAAUUUCGAUUUAUCACAAUAAAUAUUAUUUUAAAUAAAA